UUGGGCGAGUGACGAGUGAGUGAUCCAACCAAAACAAUCUCAUACUAAUUGGGCUGUGGAAAGAGCUGGUAGGGUUGAUCGACCGUGCUUGCAAAUCAAAUCUGCUCUUGGCGUUGACGAAGAGACGACAGGGAUAUGGGUAAUUUCGUCCAAUUAAUCCGGAUCAUAAGCCGGCGUCAGAGUUGAAGGGUCUCUCCUCUCCUCCACCAACCUCAAAACCUCCGAAACCUGGUAAACAUCGAAAUCCUCUUUCGGAAACUCAAAUUUCUGUUCUAAGAUAAUUUUUUGGAGCAAACCCAGUUGAACGAAAUAGGAAAUUUUCCCUCCUUCGGGUUCCAUGAAUUCUUACGACUAUGAGGAGAGACUCAGAGAGGUCAUCUAUCUCCACUCUCUAUGGCACCAAGGUCCCCCUCAAGGGCCUCAACAUCCGAGUCCAUUUCCUCGACCCGAACCCGCACGUCAGUACCCAUCAAGGUUCCCCCCUGUACGCAACCCCACAAUCUUCAGGAAUCGCGGUCAGAACAAGAAGGCCAAGACCAUUGAAGACACUGCAGGAUCCGAUAAGGGAAAGGAGUGGCCCGUCAAAUCGCCGCCGCCGCAAGCUCCUCUGACAGCUUCUGGGUGGCCCGAGAUGAAAUCCCUAUUCGGUACUCAUAAUAGACCCGCAUUGGAGGAGUGCUCGGUCCGACCCUCUCCUGCUCAGAUGCAGAAGAAGAUCGGAGAGGCUUGUCGUGAAUUCUUUGCAAAGAGUGUUAGUUCGGACAGCGAGGAGGAGAGUGAUCUGGAUGAGGUUGGGGAUGAAGAUUUGUUUAAUGAGGACGAUGAUGACGAUGUUGUUGUUGAGGAGAGUGAAGAGUACAAGUUCUUGUUGGACUUGUUUGUGAAGGAUAGUGAAUUGAGGGUUUACUAUGAGAGGAACUAUGAGAACGGGGAGUUUCGGUGCUUGGUUUGUUGCGGUAUGAGGGAGAAUAUGAACAAAUGGUACAAAAACUGUACAGGGCUUGUGCUCCAUGCCAUGAACAUAUCCAGAACCAAGAGAAGAAUGACUCACAGGGCUUUUGGCCAUGUUGUGUGUAGAGUCAUUGGUUGGGAUAUUCAUAGGCUUCCUUUAUUUGUAUUGAAUGGGGAGCCUCUUGGACGCUCUUUGCUGAAUUCUGGUGAAUCCCAGGGUGGAGGUGAGGGGCGUGUGGAUGGAGAUAAAGAUAUUUUGAAUGCUUGUCAAGAUAAUGUGGGCUCUGAGAAUGGUAACAAUAGUGGGUUAGGCAAGGAAAAGGUUAAUGAUGAAUCCAUGAUUUGCAAGAAUUCGUCAAGGGAAACUGAUGGCAGUAGACUAACCGAACAUCUUGUUGACAACCCUGUUAGAGAUGUAGCAGUUGAUAAAGAUGGUGCUUGGGAUGGUGUGGGUUCCGAAGAGUUGCUAUCACGUGGCGUCGGAUGGCCUUGCAAAGAACCCACACAUUCUUCUGGAACAAUGGAAUGGCCUCCCUUUAAACCUCAGAAAGCUUUAGUGACAAAUGUCAUUUCUGCUGAAGAACAAGUGAGAUUCACCGGGGUACAGUUGCAGCGGAAAAUCUUGAAGGCUUGCCAAAACUUUUUUGCAGACACUGUUGAUUCAGAAAGCUGUGAAGGUGAUGAUGAAGACGAGGACGAAGAUGAAUGCGAGGAAUGUGAAUAUUGCAAGUUCUUCUUGAAGGUGUUUACAGAGGAUAAUGAGUUGAGAGAUUAUUAUGAGAAUAAUUAUGGAGACGGGGAAUUCUAUUGUUUAGUUUGUGGUGGGAUAGGAAAGAAGGUCUGGAAAAAGUUUAAGGGUUGUCUUGGGCUUCUUCAGCAUGCCACUGCCAUAUCGAAAACAAACAAGAAAAGGGCUCAUAGGGCAUUUGGGCAGGUUGUCAGUAAGGUUCUCGGUUGGGAUGUUGAUCGGAUUCCAAAUGUUGUAUUAACAGGUCAACCUCUGUGUUCUUUGUUGCAGUCAAAUGAUGAGUUAAAGGGCAACAGAAGCAAUGUAGUCAACAUAGAGGUUUCUUGUGAAUCUACAGUUUGCACGGAAUUGUCAAGGGAGUCGUCAAAUUGAAAAUCUUGACAAUGCAGUCGCAAUUCCAGAGGCCAAUGUGGAUCUCCUGUGGCUUGAAAGGGGAAGGGAAAGGGAAGAAAGGGUUAUGCAAACCAGAACGAUAUUUAGGCGGCGUGUUUGUGAUCAAUUUGGUGACAAUGGGGAAUGAGAAUAAAGUUUGCUGAUGGAUGUCCUGUCAUAUUUCCUUGUCAAGUAUUUUUUUUGUUCCUUUUAAGAAUUAAUGUGUGAAUAUUCCAUGGAGGACACACUUUAAAUGUUGCUGUACAAAUAUAUUCCAGAAUAUAUAAUAACCUAUUGGUAUGAGGAAAAAAAAAAAAAUUUGUGGUCACAUGCA